AUGAAAGGUUUAAUACUGAUUGCAUGCGGUGCAUUCAGUCCACCGACUUUGAUGCACAGGCGUAUGUUUGAGAUUGCGAGAAAUCACCUAAUGGGGCGUGGUGCCUUUGAGGUGAUCGGUGGCAUAAUGUCACCAGUACAUGAUGCGCUACGGAAGCCAGGAUUAGUGGCAGGCACACACAGAUUGGCCAUGCUGAGAUUGGCGCUGCGCACUUCUAAUUGGAUACGAGUCUCUGACUGGGAGUUGCAACAGCCGCAAUGGACGCCGACGGUGGACGUGUUGAAACAUCACAAGGACUGCAUAAGUAAUGUGAUGAAAGAUAAAGUGGAAGGCAGGAGAGAUUUAGUACUGCCAGAAUGGCUGUCGCCAGAAGUGACGGAGCACACGGAGGAAGUUCAUUUGAAAUUUUUGGCAGGUGCGGAUUUGUUGGAGACAUUUGCCGAUCCGCAGUUGUGGACGAAAGAAGAGGUUGAAACAAUGUGCAGUUAUGGUUUGGUGGUAAUUUCCCGCUAUGGUUCAAAGCCCGAAAAGCUUAUUUCUGAAUCAGACGUUAUCUCAAAGUAUUCUCGUAAUAUUGAGGUGAUAACAAAUUGGUCAACAAAUAAUAUGAGCUCCACUCUGGUGCGUCGUUUACUGAAACGUGGUCAGUCUGUGAAAUACCUAAUUGAUGACGACGUUAUUGACCACAUAAAGAAAUAUAAUUUGUACAACUGGUAA